AUGGCAAAUCCCAUUGAUGAUGCUGACUACGAUGCCGACGGAACCUUUGAGAAUGUACCAAGUCCACUGUCUGAUGCUGGAGAUCCUGAUAACUACUAUGGCAGACGACUUCGGACUAGGUGCGUUCUACAUAGUCCCCCUGACAACGAGACCAAGUUGCGACAACGAGGUCAACCCAUUUAUAUUGAGCAACCUAUAUUGGAGGAAGCAAUACUAGACCACAAGUUGUGUGUGUUGGAUACAUGA